CGGAUAUACAUUUCCAUCAAACAUGGCGGCGGCGAAAAGUAGCUGCUGGAAAGCUCCCGAUGUUUAUAAACACCACAAACAGCGGAAAGUGUGCAUUUCUCGACCAAAAUAUCGUGAUGGGAGGCAAGCUAGGGCCGUAAAGGUGUACACCAUCAAUUUGGAGUCGUGUUAUGUGAUGGUCCAAGGGGUCCCUGCCAUUGGAGUUAUGACAGAACUUAUCCAGCUGUGUGCUCUGUAUGGAGUCGUGCAAGAGUACAGACCCUUGGAUGAGUACCCCGCCGAGGAGUUUACUGAGGUCUACCUUGUCAAGUUCCAGAAGCUCACAAGUGCCAGAGCUGCCAAACGACACAUGGAUGAGAAGAGUUUCUAUGGUGGCGUGCUGCAUGUUUGCUACGUACCUGAGUAUGAGACUGUGGAGGACACCAGGAUGAAGCUGCAGGACCGGAGGAGAUAUGUCAUGAGGAUGGCGCAGAACAGAGUUCGAGAUAAGGAACAGGAAGAGGCAGUGAACAAGGAACCUGCAUCAGCACAGCCCACAACGGCAGAAUCCACACAGAUAGAACCCCCGCCGCCCGGUGUUCCCACUCACUGUGAAACGAACAAUGAAGGCGAGAGUUGGAACGUUGACUAUCAUUCACCCUUUCCUCUACUGCCACUUCCUCCUCUGGAGCAUCACUACUCCCCUCACGAAAGGCACCACCAACCUGCACCGACUGAGGACAAAAUGGGCACAUUGCACAAUGCCAUCGUUGAUGCCAAAGAAGUAGCGGCUGCAUCGGACUCAAGCCAAAAUCACUCCCAUAAAUCCAGAGGUACACGAGAUACACCGACCUCCAAUCAGCCGUCUGCCGUCACGUUUGUACCAAGGACAGCGCACUUGGAGAGCAGAAAACGCAAGAGGAUAGAAAUUGUGUCACAUUCGUCGACUGAGGUCGUCGGAAAAAAUGAGCCACUCAUCGGACCGAAACUAGAGGACGCUCCUAAACUGGACAUGGACGACGUUUCGCUGAACACAUCUGUCAACCUAAUCAGGAACACAUUGAAACAGGUGGAAUCUGUCCCUGACCUCAAACCAGUGGAAAAAAAGGUCAAACCACGUCGGCGAAUUUGACCCUGAUUGAUAUUCUCUUCGCCUAUAUUAUUAAAACAACAUUUCAAAUGA